AUGUUCGUUCGUUGCAAUCGUCGGAGGUUGUCCAAGUGUUACACCAAGUGCGGAAUCAAUUUUGAGUCCAACGACAGCAAGCUGGGCGGCGCAUCAGAAGACACUCCAAACAGCGGCGUUGCCUUUCACUGUGUCACGCCCUUGCUGCGUGACGCCUUGCUGAGUCAUGCGCCAAGGGUUGCGCAGCCCUCCCCGAAUGAGGUGGUUGUUCUUGAUGGUGAUGUGGAUUGUUCGGGAGAUGCGGAAACUUUGUCUAUUCUUCUUGAGGGAGGUCGCUGUAAAUUGGCUGGACAGGUGUCCUUUGUAGUUCGGACAACAGUUGCUCCAGUCUUCAGCAGUGUUCCCAUUUUUGAGGGAAUUUCCAGUGAAAAUCCAGUCUUCCAGGUCACGGAAAGGAUUCUUGAUGAGGUGUCUUUCCCAAAGGAAUCCAUUGUUGGAGCAGGGGAUCAUCUUAACAGCUCCGACAUUUCACAAAAUUACACAACAUUUGGACAUCAAGACAAAGUGUACAAUCACGUAGUUGCAGGGGUUUCCAGUUUCAUUGCUAUAAUGCUGUUGGUGGUUGGUAUCUGUGUUGGAAUCGCGAGCGGACUGAUCAUUUAUAUGGUCAGAGAAUAUGCCAUCAACUGGAGGCAUCGUCGUGAUUACACAGAGGUUCUGAUUGGGGAGCAGCGGACUUCGACUCCGGAAGUAGUGGAACUCCAGAGUGUGGCUAGUGAAACUCGGAAUUCGACUUUAAAUACUACAAGUGAUCGUAAUGAUUCGGGAAUGGAAAGCAUUGAUCUUCGCGCUUUGUUGCCGAUUUCACGUCAAGAACAAAAACACUAUGGUUCCGCGUCAUCUGUAUUGAGUAACAACGGCGUGGUAGUGAUCCUUCUGCUUUCCCUUGUGGUGAUGGGUACUUGGAGUACCUGUGUCCUCGAGGGGGAUGGCGUUGUCUGCGACGAUAUGUGCGGAGACGACGUCAUCAUGGCGUUGGACUNUGUCUGCGACGAUAUGUGCAGAGACGACGUCAUCAUGGCGUUGGACCAUGGUCGUCGCGUCAUUUUUAAUGGCAAGGACUUGUUCUUGGAUUGUGUUUGUCUGCGGCGAUUGAAGGUGGUGCAGCUGCUGCAGCCGGUGACGUGCUUUGGGCGUCGAGAGGGGUUAGACAACGUUGUUACUCCUUGGGAAUUUUGUCUGGACAGCAUCAGGAGCUCAACUCCACCAACUACAAGUUCAACGAUGACAUCGGUGUCGAGGGUGUCUCAAGUGACGACAAUCACGACAGAGGCUGUGAUUCGUCAUUCCGCAGCUGCCAAGGAUAAGGAGAUCCUUGCAGCUAUGCCUACCGUGGUCCCUGAAGUGACCAUUCGGGUCAAAGAUGGACAACUGGAGGCAAGCAUCAGUGGCAAGACAGCCAUGAAGUUUCUGGUUGUGGCUUGCGGAGGAUCUGGGAUCAUCUCGAUCCUGGUGUUUUUGGCCUGGAUGGCUCGACAGUUCUACUUAAAGUGGCAUUCCAUUCAACGAGCUGCGAGAUGGAUGGGCCUCCUAACAGCUUGGCAUUCCAUUCAACGAGCUGCGAGAUGGAUGGGCCUCCUAACAGCUGUGCGUCCUACAACAGCCACAGCUUCUGAAGAAGGAGGUGAAGAACAAGUUACCUCAACCGGGGAUCUUUUGGAGCUCAACACGGAAAACGUGGAAACAGAAGAUCCUCGAUGCUCAGCUUUCUGGGCGUAA